AUGGAAGUAGAACAAUCAUCGAAUGACGACAAAGGCAACUCACAGCACACUGGAGAACGACGACGGAUUCCGAGGACAUUUUGCGUUUUGGUCUCUCUCUUGGUGGCAUAUUCGGUCAAGGAAAUCACCUUUGGUGCACACUUACCCAGUGUAGAUAGCUUUAAGAGCCGAACCAAGUGGGGUCUGGAGGAAGAAUCCAUGCUUGUCUUACACUGGAUUAAUCCCGAGUUGGGUUUGGAGAAGCAGCACUUGGAAUCUGUGGACGUGCAAGCUGAAAUCAGCACCCUACAUAAGAAAAAGUAUAUUCCCAUUGAUGAAAUUCACAAGUUUGGAUACAUUCAUACAGGAGCUUGGAUGGUGGUUCUAGAUACCAAUACAACCAUGCAAGAUGCCAAGAUUCUGAUGUUGAAACGAUCGGCACACGUUGUCACUUGUCCAAAUUAUUGGAGUCUUUUGGGAGAACAUUCCAAUCGCGAUGAGGAACCAACAGACUUUGCCAUUCGAGGAAUGAGAGAAGAAAUGGGUGAACAGUUUUAUCGUCAGUUCCUGCAUACCGGAGGCAAGAUCAAACCAUUGUUGAAUCAUCCCAUCUUUUUCAAACGAGACUACGAUACACCUGAUGGAAAAAGAAUGGAUCGACAAAUCAAUUACAUAUUUACAAUUGAAAUGAAUACUCCUUCUGCUGUUCUAGAGAAGCUGUCCAAAGUAGAUAACGAUGCUGCCGAGGUGGCUUGGGUGACCAAACACGAAAUCGAGCAAUGGUUGACAGAGACAGAAAACGAAAAGUUUUGCCACAAUGCUACAAGAGCAUUGGUGCGCCGCAUCAUGGAAGAGUUAAAUCAUUUGGAGCAAAGUACAAAGAACAAGACAACAGCAGCUUCAUCCUCCUCGUCGUCUUCUGAAGACUCGUAA